UCCGCAACAUCCUGACUGGCCGAGGUUGGUGAUCGCAGGCAGCGGCGAGCCCACACAAGACGGAUGAAUUAAACCUCGUUUUUUUUUCUUUGUUGACGAGUUGUGCUGUAAAGAGUGUGGCCCUUAAGCGGAUACAGCAUACAGAUUCACCAUGGGGAUCAAGUCUGCUCUCCCCAGAUAUGAGCUGUAUCUCUACUCUGCCGUACUUGCUGGGGCAUUGAUAUGGGCAGGCAGUUGGAUAUUUGAAGCUUCAAGUGAUAAUAUAAACAGAAAGGCCUUCAAGGAAAGUGUGAAACCAGGAUGGCAUUACUUUGGCAGGAAAAUGGAUGUUGCAGACUUCGAGUGGGCGAUGUGGUUCUCUUCAUUCCGCAAUCAUAUCCUUUUUGCUCUCACCGGUCAUGUGAUCUUUGCCAAGAUUUUUACCCUGGUAGCUCCAAAGAUUGGUAUAAAUGGAUGUAAGCACAGAUCCUUGAUCUUUGGCCUGUAUGGUGGCUUGGCCGUUCUGGUCACAAUGGGCUGGACCUACAUGGCUAUGGUUCUGUCUCACUGCAUCAUACUCUACAGCGUUGCUCUGGUCAAGAAGAAGUGGAUGUGUUUUGCUGCAGGACUGAGCACGCUGGCUUCCAUCAAGCUGGAGCCGUAUAAUGCCUGGCAGGAGGCCAUGGUGACUGGUUCUUUCAACCUUCAAGACAUCCUGUUCUAUGGAGGCCUUGGCUUCAGCAUCAUGCGCUGUAUGAGUUUUGGUUUAGAGAACUGUGAGAGGAAGGAAGGAAACUACACCUUCUCUGACCUGCUGAGAUACAACUUCUAUCUCCCUUUCUUCUUCUUUGGGCCUGUGAUGACUUUCGACCGCUAUCAUGUCCAGGCAAACAACACUCAGCUAACCCGCAAGGAAAGGGAAAUGUGGAACAUCACCACUAAGGCCUUGUUGCACCUCGGAGUUAUUCUGGUGGUCGAUGUCUUCUUCCACUAUCUUUACAUCCUGACAAUACCCAGUGACAUGAAGCUGGUUACCAAGCUUUCCGACUGGUGCCUGGCUGGGCUGGCUUAUUCCAACCUGGUGUAUGACUGGGUGAAAGCAGCUGUAAUGUUUGGUGUCAUCAACACUGUGUCUACACUGGACCACUUGGACCCUCCUCAGCCUCCCAAGUGUAUCACCAUGCUUUAUGUCUUUGCUGAAACGCACUUUGACAGAGGCAUCAAUGACUGGCUGUGCAAGUAUGUUUAUGAUUAUAUUGGUGGGGAUCAUGAUAAAAUCUUUAAAGAACUUCUUGCAACCGUCUGCACUUUCUCUAUUACCACCUUGUGGCUGGGCCCAUGUGAGCUGGUUUACAUCUGGUCAUUUUUCAACUGCUUUGGCCUCAACUUUGAGCUGUGGGUGGCCAAGUUCUUCUCCCUUCCACCAUUUUCUAUCAUAGAGAGAACUAUGGGUGAAGCCAUGUCUCGAAGGAUCAGAGGUGUGUUCAACGCUGCCAACUUCUGGUGCAUCGUCCUCUACAAUGUUCUCUCCCUGAACAGUUUGGAGUUUGCCAAAAUGGUGGGCAGAAGACUGAUUUUCAAAGGAUUUCCUCUGUCCACCCUGUCUGUGCUGCUCGUGACCUACUGUGGUGUGCAGCUGGUGAAGGAAAGGGAGCGACAACAGGCCCUGCUGGAUGAUCCGGAACCAGAGAAGCCCAUGGAUGGUGGCAAAGAAAAGGCAGAAUAAUCAGAAAAAAAGCUAAAGUUUUUCAGACUUCAUGAUUAAAAGACCCUCACACGGUUCCAUCACCAGCUUCACCAGCUGUAACAGAACCAGACUUUAACAACCAGUUGGCACUUGUGUUGUUCACAAGCCGACAUUUUUGCUUUUGCUUCUCAGAAGCAAGGCAAUUUCUUAUUUAACUGAAAGUAUCCUCAAGUGCACUUGCUGUAGAUAAUCACCUCAUUCUUUGGCACAAACACCAAUGCUGCAUUUUACAUUUGUAUUUAUCUCAACAAAUAAGCAAUCAUUAGCAUGUUAUAAGCCUUAAAAAAAUCAUAAGAGUGUAGAAGGACAUUUAAUAUUGUAAACUACUUUUUUACGAUGUGUCCAUGCUCAUAUCUUAAUUUCUUUCAGAUUUGAACAUUCUUACCUUUUAUCACCAUCAUUAUCAUAUAUUUUAAUACAAAUAUAUCUUUAUUUUACCUUAGAUGCUUUAGAAGCUAUUCCGACCACUCAAUCACAAUGAAAUGGGUUAAACUUGAAAAAAAAAAAAAAAAAGCUUCCCGGUGAUUGUAAUCUUUGUUCUACUGUCACAAAGCAAAAACACUGUAUUUUAGAUGUUUCAAGAUGAUGAAGAGCUGAAUGUAGUUGAAGCAGUAAGAACUGUCUGGAGAGUGAUUGCCUUACUCCAUUGCACACCAUCCACAGGAUUACUGUGGCAUGUCAGACUAUCUUUCCUCUCACAUGCUUCAGACACACACACUUUGCUAUCAAAGGCAUUGGACUCAGCAGGGAAUAUGGGUCAGUCUCAUUCUGCUGUCACCAAAAACCUGCUGCAUUUGCUCAGUACAGCAGGAAGAGAGGAACACUUUGUGAAGAUUGUAAUGCCUUUUGUCAUCAAAGGUUUUCUUUUGACUUGAAAUAAAGUUUUGUUUCAUUCAGGGGUGAAA